AUUUAAGAGUCUAAUUAUUAAGUUUUUGUUAUAGUGUAUUUUUGUAUAUGUACAGAAGAUAAUAUUGUGUUAGCACCUAAAUUUGAAUAUAUGGAAUUAAAAUGAUAGUGCAUCAUUAAUACAGAAAGUAAGAAAAACGUUUGAAGUCAUUCUUGUAUAAUAAUAAAAUAAUGUUACGAAGCAUUAUACUACAAAGUUUCUGCUGGAUUUCGUUAAAAUAUUAUUGAUAAUUAAAUUAUUUUAUGGCAAAUGAUAAAUUUAGGAAAAAUGUUUAAUAAAAUUCCUAUGCGACAAAUGUCAAUCUCAUGCUUUUCAAUUCUUGAGAAAUCGAAAAGUAUUGAUUCUAACCUGAGAACAUUUGUACGAUGCAAGUCUGACGAUACAGUUAUAACUAUUGGGGGUGUUUCCAAAAGAGUUAAACCUGCUAAACAUCCAGAGUAUAUACCGAGAAAAUACAUAUUAAAAGAUCAGAGUCAAGAAACAUUAAAAAACUUACGAUGGAUGUUGCAAAAAGAUGUUCUGGGGCAGGAUAUAUUUCUAAUAGGUAGUCCAGGAUCCAAGAGACGUUGUCUUGCACUCGCUUUUCUCGAGUUAACAGGAAGAGAAGCAGAAUUUGUAGCUCUUUCACGAGAUACCACAGAAGCUGACCUGAAACAGAGAAGAGAAAUUGAAAGUGGUACUGCAAAUUAUCAUGAUCAAAGUGCAGUUAGGGCAGCAACAAAUGGAAGAGUCCUGAUCCUGGAAGGUGUUGAGAAAGCAGAAAGAAACGUUUUGCCAAUUUUAAACAAUCUCUUAGAGAACAGAGAAAUGCACCUUGAAGAUGGGAGAUUCCUCAUUCCAGCAUCACGAUAUGACAAAUUGCUACAGGAACACAGUCAAGAAGAACUGAACAGCUGGAGUCUGGUACGAGUCAGUGAGGAAUUUAGGGUAAUAGCCUUAGGAUUACCAGCACCACGUUAUCCAGGAAAUCCUCUGGAUCCACCAUUAAGAUCUCGAUUCCAAGCGCGACACAUUCCAGCUUCUUCUUACGAGGAACAAUUGGAAAUGCUCAAAAGGAUUGCUCCAAAUGUGGACGUCGCCAAAUUGUCCCAGCUGCUAUCCUCUUGUCAUGCUCUUACCACACACGAAGCUAUUACUUUGGGUCUUCCUGAUUUUCCAUUGGACAAUCUACAGUCUGCAGCUCUUAUACUGGAAACAUUCCCGGAUGUGGAGGUGUAUGAUAUUUUUUAUAGACUGUAUCCUUAUAAAUUAUUUUUGGGUAAAGAGGGCAGAAACGCGGUUGAAACUAUACUUGAGACUUUUGGAAUUUUUAAUAGCGCGUCAACUAAGAGUAUAUCAAAGAAGAUUACCAAUAUUGAAAAAACAGAAAGUCUGGCGCGAGUUGUUUUGGAAAAGAACGGUCACAAAAAUUCUGUUCAGGUAAACUGUGGAGCUGCUAAAAAGUCCACGGUUCGAAAAUCAGAAUAUAUUGAAACAAAUUAUCAAAAUAGUUUAUUAGUAGAAAUGCUAGAGUCUCAUUUAGCUUCCGACUUAUGUUUAAUUGGUCCAAAGGGUUGUGGCAAAUCAACAACUGUUGACAAAUUAGCUAGUCAAUUGGGAUUCAGUGUGGAGCCAAUUGUUCUGUACCAGGAUAUGACUUCUAGGGAUCUAAUACAACAACGCACCACGUUGCUUAAUGGAGAUACCGUUUGGAGAGAUUCACCCCUUGUGAUUGCUGCUACUGAGGGUAAAUUAGCAAUACUGGAUGGUUUGCACAGGAUACAUCCAAGUACACUGGCUGUAAUAUACAGGUUGGUUCAGGAUAGAGAAUUGCAGUUGCAUGAUGGAAAAAGAUUGAUUCGUGCUGAUCGAUAUAACGAGAUUAAAGCAGAGCACAAGAAAACAGACGAGCAGAUGAAGGAAUCAGGUAUCCUAAAAAUAGAUCCAUCAUUCAGAUUGAUAGCCUUGGCUGAGCCACCGCUUAUCAACAGUUCAUCCGGUCAGUGGUUGAAUUCAGAAUUAUUGAGCUUGUUUCUGUUCCAUGAAAUGAGACCUCUGGAGAAGUCUGAAGAGAUUCACAUUAUAAGAUCAAAGUAUGGGGAACCCAGCAAGUCAUUGCUGAAUAUCAUUGAAUUGGCCCACGCAUUAAGAUCAUCGAAUGAUUCUACAUUGCAAUCAUUAGCUGGUUCCCUAAGCACAAGACAGUUGUUGAGGAUUGCAGCAAGAAUGCAAAAAUAUCCAAGCGAUGAUGUAUACAAUGCAGUGCACAGAGCAUGUCUUGCACGAUUCUUACCAGCAAUAGCAAAACAAGCCCUUGAAGAUUCCUUGAAGCAACACGAUAUCCAUCCUAUGAAAGAUCAAGUGGAUCCAAAUAUCAAGUAUGAGAUUAUUGGAAAUAAAUUGAGAAUAGGAGAUACAAUAGUGGAUAGAUAUAAAACAGAAGCACUGACAAAAGUACCUGAUAUAUUGUUCUACGACGUACCUCAACACAUUGCAUUGCUGGAGGCAUUGCUUCAGGAUUUUACAUUGGGCCAGAAUCUGUUGCUGGUGGGAAAUCAGGGCGUUGGCAAGAACAAAAUAGUUGACAGAUUGUUACAGUUAUUAAAUAGACCAAGAGAGUAUAUACAAUUGCACAGAGACACAACUGUGCAGACUUUGACUCUUCAACCAAUGGUAAGAGACGGCGUGGUGGUUUACGAAGACUCGCCUCUUGUUCAGGCUGUUAAAUUGGGACAUGUGUUAGUUAUCGAUGAAGCUGAUAAGGCACCGACUCACGUGACUUGUAUAUUAAAGACCCUGGUUGAAUCAGGAGAAAUGAUAUUGUCGGAUGGACGUCGAAUAGUACCUGCUGCAAGUGAUACUGAUAAUAAAAACAUCAUACCCAUUCAUCCAGAUUUCAGAAUAAUAGUCCUGGCUAAUAGGCCAGGAUUUCCAUUUUUGGGAAAUGAUUUCUUUGGCGCACUCGGUGACAUCUUCAGCACUCAUUCCGUAGACAAUCCAAGUCUUGAGAACGAGAUAAAGCUUUUGAAACUAUAUGGUCCUGAUGUUGAUGAAAAGAUUAUUCAGAAAUUGGUCAAAGCUUUCAGCGAACUAAGAUCAAUGGCUGACCAGGGACUGGUUUCGUAUCCUUAUUCAACACGCGAGGUAGUGAAUAUCGUGAAACAUUUACAAAAAUUUCCGAACGAGUCUUUAGGUAACGUAGUGCGCAAUGUAUUCGAUUUUGACAGAUAUUCCCAAGAAAUAUUUGACACAUUGGUAUCGGUCCUUCAUAAACAUGGCAUACCAAUUGGUACUAAUCCUAACAAUGUUGCUUUAGCUAAAGAAAUAUCUUUGCCAGAUCUACGUUUCUCUGGUACCUGGAACGUCCUGAGCAAGUGCCGGACUGUACCUGUACAGGAGCGAUACAUUAAAUUAAAAGCCCCAGUUUACCCAUCAAGAGCGACACAUAUUUUAGAUAAAAUUGAAGCAAGAUCAGCAUGGUUUACAGAGAUGCAAAGCUACUGGACCCUACCAAUGAGUGAAACUGGAACCAUCGCUGCUUUAGCUGUAACAAAGGGCAAGAAAGGAGAUGCAUCUGAUGACAUCAUUCACAUUCUUGCAACAAAUCCUCUGUCUAUCUUCAGUAUGACAUCUGAAUCAUCAGAGAUCCAGGAAUUGUCGAUUCAAGGAUUGAUGAGACCAGUUAGAGGAAAUAAACCUUUGUUUUCAAUGACAACUGACAAUGCCGGAAAUGUAUUAAUACACGAAGAAACGUCGAACUCUUUGCUUCUUGUAAAUUUGGAAAAAGGCAUUGCGAAUGCUGUGCAACUUUCCUCAUUUUUAGAAACAGCUGGCGAGCGAUUGUCCCAAGCAUUUGGAAACAGAGAAAAUCAUUGGAAGCUUCGAGAUGAUUUAGUGGAAACAACUAAUCAAGCAAUAUUCUACACGCCCAAUGACAACAAAAUGGAAGUUAUUAAUCUGAAAGACAUGACUGCCUUCUCGAUAACGUUGCCAUUUGAAAUUGAUACUGUUGUACCAUCUUCUCACGAGAAAUGGUUGAUUCAAGAUAUUUCCAGGAGAAAAUAUAUCCUUCAGAAAUUUUCAGAAAAUGCAUCCUGUCCUAAUAUCUUAAAGGAAAUCGAAGAAACCACUAGUACUACUGGUAUGGGUAGUGUAUUGAAUAGUGGGAUUGAGAGUCUAAGCGAUACAGUACUAAGUGAAGCACUGAGAAAGAAAAUAAACUCUCCAAAUAGAUUGGUCUCGAGCGACCUUACAUAUGCCAGUAUAGUAGUGGGAUUUCCAGAAUUGGACAGUUCCAAUGAAAUUUAUUUAUGGCCAAGAAACCGCAGAACGACAAGUUUUAUUGACCCAAUUAUUACAAACGAUGGACAAGUGAUUCGUACCUUAUCACCAGAAUACGUACCAGAUACUAUACUUCCGGAUGCUAAAAAGCAGCCAGGAAUUUCUGGAUAUCUUGAAGUGGUUGAUACAGUGAAUCAUAAAGCCCGUUACAUACCAGUACCAGAACCAGCAAAAGUCUCACCUGUAACCCAAUGGCUAUACUCAAACAAUUUACCCCUCUAUGCGGCUAUGACAUCAAACAAUGGUUUGGUAACGGUGGAUGCAGGUGGUUGCAUUCGACUUUGGGAAACAUCACUAGUAAAUAUAGAAAAGUCAUUGGGUUCAUGGCGUAGAAUGAUAGUUUCAGACGGCGAGCAACUUCAGGUAACAAAGGAAAGGUAUUCCGGGUUGGACGUGAGUGAACCAAAACAUGGAAAAGUGGAUCAAAAUAAUGAUCCGCACGUUGGUGGAAAUACUUGGGCUGGUGGGACCGGGGGCAGGGAUACAGCUGGUCUUGGUGGUAAGGGUGGUCCCUACAGAUUGGACGCGGGACACACUGUAUUUCAGUUGAGUGACGAAGAGAAGAAUGCAGUUCCUGAACACGUAAAGAAAGCUGCCCGUGAAAUGGGUCGACGUGCAUUUAAACAGCGACUUCAGGAGAUUCGUAUGAGCGAAUACGAUCAUAAUCUGUAUAGUCAGUUCAGUGAUGCUGUAAGAAAACCAGUUCAGGCACUUCGCGUGAUCCUGGGUAGCCUUCAGGCCAAGAGCAACGAACGUCAAUGGUGCAGACAUCAGACUUCCGGCGAGCUCGAUGACACCAAACUCAUAGAAGGCUUGACAGGAGAGAGAACAAUAUAUAGACGUAGAGCAGAGAAGGAACCGGAUAUUGGAGCUCCGCAGUUGAAACCAAAGCGUCUGAAAUUGGUUGUCGAUGUGUCUGGUAGCAUGUACAGAUUCAACAGUUAUGACGGACGUUUAGAUAGAGAACUGGAAGCUUGUGUAAUGGUUAUGGAAGCGUUUAGUGGGUAUGAGGGUAAAUUUCAAUAUGACAUAGUUGGUCACUCUGGUGAAGAUUAUCAUAUACCCUUUGUCGAUCACACGCAACCACCCAAAAAUGACAAACAGCGGUUGGAAGUCAUCAAGACCAUGCACGCACAUUCUCAAUUUUGUAUGUCUGGUGACUAUACACUUGAGGCUACUCAACACGCCAUUGCUAGCCUAUCCAAAGAAGAUACUGACGAAUCCAUUGUCGUUGUUCUGUCCGAUGCUAAUUUGGAAAGAUACGGUAUAUCACCAACACGAUUUGUCAAAGUAUUGACAUCGAAUCCAGAUGUGAAUGCGUACGCCAUUUUCAUUGGUUCCUUGGGUGACCAAGCAGCAAGAUUAACAAGUAAGAUGCCAUCUGGGAGAGGCUUCGUUUGCAUGGACCUCCAAAACAUCCCCCGGAUUCUUCAGCAGAUAUUUACUGCUUCUGUACUCAGUACAACAAGAUCAAACUGAACAAUGUUGACUAAUAUCUAGGUACAGUGAUAUGCCUGUUUAAUUACUCAAGAGUAUAAUAUAACUUGUACACAAUGUGAAUAUAAAUAACGUUAAUCAAUUUA